CCUAAUUAUAGGCCAUUUUUCCUUCAGACACAAACCAACAUCAGAUCAAAAUUCAAAACCAAAAAAAUUUCUAAAUACAAAAUCGCACGCAGCCAAUCUAUAAGUGAGUUAACGAGCGAGCGCGCGCGCGCAAUGCUAUGAGUUCGUUUAAGCAUCUGGGAAGGCUCGUCAAUGGCCUUUCUCUAGUAGCUAAGGAGAUCGCUAAAAGCUCUCCAGCUUUGGAAAACGCCGCCGCAACUGGAGAUUUCCAAACCCUAAUCACCUCCGCUUCCAAGAAGGCCCUAGUCUUCGUUACCGAUGUAUCAGGCCUUACUAAAGGGAAAGUUCGCGAGUUUUCGCCCCCUAGGCCCAAGGAGUCCGUUGUUUUCUUCGACCAUUCGGCGGAGGUGGUAGAGAAUAGCUCAGUUCAACCGCUCACGAUAAAUGAUAGUGUAAAUAACAAUAUUGCGAAUCACCACAAUGAUAAUGAUGUCGUUGGAGAUGUUGAACCGAAGGCUUCUGAGGAUAAUCAGGUUUCAACGAAUACCGUUGGUGGUUCAGAAAAAGAUGGUUUGCAGAGAGAAUGUGAGGAUAGGAAUUCGGAGGAUAAAGGCAAUGCUGGUAGCGGAGAGAUGGUCGCGGCAGCGACGGAAUUGAAGAGGAGGAAGCCGAGGGAGAGGCGGGUUCCUUCAACUCCGUUUACCAGAGCGCUUGGGUUUGCUGGUCUAGGAGCUGGGCUUGCAUGGGGAACCAUUCAGGAAUCUGCCAAGAGGCUUGUGUAUGGCACUCCAAGUUCGGAAGACAAGCAAUCUGCUCUCUCCCCACUUUUAUCAGAAAGAAAUGCGGAACGUUUGGCCCUCACACUAUGUAGAAUGCGUGGAGCUGCACUUAAAUUAGGACAGAUGCUGAGCAUACAGGAUGAAUCUCUUGUUCCUGCUCCGAUCUUGGCUGCUUUAGACAUUGUCCGUCAAGGUGCAGAUGUGAUGCCAAGGAGCCAGCUCAAUCGCGUUUUGGAUGCAGAAUUGGGAUCUGACUGGUCAACUAAGUUAACUAGCUUUGAUUAUGAACCAAUAGCUGCUGCAAGUAUAGGCCAGGUGCACCAAGCAGUGACAAGGGAUGGCAUGCAGGUUGCAAUGAAAAUUCAGUACCCUGGUGUUGCCAAUAGCAUUGAUAGUGACAUUGAGAAUGUGAAACUUCUCUUAGAUUAUACUAACCUAAUUCCAGAAGGACUUUAUCUCGACAAAGCUAUGAAGGUGGCAAAAGAAGAAUUAUCCCGUGAAUGUGAUUAUGAGUUGGAGGCAAUCAACCAGAAACGGUUCCGUAAUCUACUAACCGGUGCCGAGGGAUUCUAUGUUCCAAUGGUUGUAGAUGAACUUUCCUGCAAGAGAGUCUUAACUACAGAACUUAUUUCUGGAAUUCCAAUUGAUAAGGUGGCAAUGCUAAAACAAGAAACUCGUAAUUAUGUUGGCACAAAGUUGUUAGAACUCACAUUGAUGGAGUUAUUUGUAUUCCGAUUCAUGCAGACUGAUCCUAAUUGGAGUAACUUCCUAUAUGAUGACGCCACAAAAAUUGUCAAUCUCAUUGACUUCGGUGCAGCCCGUGAUUAUCCCAAAAGUUUUGUUGAUGACUAUUUAAGAAUGGUUGUAGCAUGUGCAAAUGGUCAGAGGGAUGCUGUGAUUGAGAUGUCAAGAAGACUUGGGUUCCUUACAGGAAUGGAGUCAGAGAUAAUGCUGGAUGCUCAUGUUCAAGCUGGUUUGAUUGUGGGAUUGCCGUUCUCAAAGCCUGGUGGAUUUGAUUUCCGAUCCACUAAUAUAACACAAAGUGUUUCAAAUCUCGGGGCAACAAUGCUGAAGCACAGGCUCACACCGCCUCCAGAAGAAGCAUACAGCCUUCACCGAAAGCUUUCAGGUGCUUUUUUGGCUUGUAUCAAGCUUGGAGCGGAUGUUCCAUGCAGGGACCUAUUGUUCAAUGUCUACGAGAAUUAUCAGUUUGGCGAAGAGGAUGAUAAUGAGAUAGUAUCCGGUGACUCAGUUUCUUAAUAGGUUUUUGAAAAUAUUUUUCCCCUUGAAUUUAUACAUUUAUUUUUGAUACGUAAUAAAGCGCAGGACAAGUUGUCCAUUCGCGCCAACAGCCAAUGUAAGGUUUUUUGAUUCUUAAAGAAUGAGAGGUGUAAUUUUGCUCCAGGAACGGAGAAAUGAGUAAGAAUCACCAAAAUGUCGCUCUCUU